AUGCCUAGACCUUCACCUCCAUUUCCACAGAUAUUGGUGAAGAAGACCGAAGGAGAAAAAUACUGCAAGUUCAUAAGUAUGAAAGAUUUGGAGACCUUCACCUCCAUUUCCAUCAAUGUUCCGUUGAUAGAACCUUUGGAGAAAAUGUCUGGGUAUGCAAAAUUUAUGAAAGAUUUGGUGACAAAGAAGAGGGCCUUCAAUUUUGAGAAUGAUGAGAGGUUUCAACAUUGCAGUGUUAUUGCUAUUAGGCACUUGUCCAAAGGAAAGAGGAUCCGGGAGCUUUCACUAUUCCUUGUACCAUCAGAAUUUUGCACUUUGCGAAAGCUGUUUGAUUUGGGUGCUAGCAUCAACUUGAUGUCGUUGUCCAUUUAUAAGAAGUUAGGUUUAAGGGCUCCAAAACAGACUUCUAGGCAUGAGGUUGUUGGUGUUGUAAUUGAGGUUGGAAGCAAGGUGGAGAAAUUUAAGGUUGGAGACAAAGUAGGUGUUGGAUGUAUGGUAGGAUCAUGUAGAAAAUGUGAGAAUUGUAGCGUUGAUCUCGAGAAUUACUGUCCUCAUCAGAUUCCUACAUACAACGGCUAUAGCUUAGACGGAACCCUCACGUUUGGAGGUUACUCCGACAUGAUGGUAUCACAUGAGCAUUUUGUAGUACAUUGGCCUGAAAACUUGUCGAUGGACGUUGCUCCGCUGUUAUGUGCUGGAAUUACUACUUAUAGUCCUUUGGAAUAUUUUGGACUCGAAAAGCCUAGAAUGCACAUUGGUCUUGGAGGGCAAGGACAUAUGGCUGUUAAGUUCGCUAAGGCAUUCAGAACCAAAGUGACUGUCAUUAGUACAUCUGGUAAUAAGAAGCAAAAAUCAAUUGAGCGUUUGGGGGCAGACUCUUUCCUGAUCAGUCGCGAUCCUGAGCAGAUGAAGGUGAAUAUAAUAACUCGUUAUCAUUGAACUCUGUGAUCAUCUUAUCUGAAUGUUUAAACUGUUUGAGAGAGCACU